AUGUCCUUCGAGAGGAGCCAGUGUGGCGGUUCUCCACUGGCUGCCAGUUUAUUCAGGAUUCAUGGAGUGGACAAGGUCCUAUUGGCCGCUCGUCAUGCUACUGUAACCAAGUCACCUGAGACUGACUGGGAGAUGUUACAGCCUAAUGUGGAAUUGGUCAUGUCUCAGUUCUUCGAGAUUCCCAAUGUUAAGCCGGUUUCUCCCGAAGCUAUAGAAUACACGCCAGAAGGCCAGGAUCAGCAUAAUGAUGAAGUCGUGAAGAGCAUCCAUGAGAUACUCGAGCAGCGGAUCAAACCAUUCGUGGAGCGAGAUGGAGGUGAUGUAGAGUUCGUUUCCUUCGAUGCGGAUAGCGGAGAACUUGAAAUUCGGCUCGUCGGUUCAUGUUCGGGUUGCCCUAAAUCUAGUGUGACAUUGAAAUUCGGUAUUCAACGAAUGGUGUGCCAUUACAUCCCGGAGGUGAAGAAUGUGACCAAUAUUGAGGAGUCUGCAGAAGGUGUUGACGCAGAAGAGGGGACUGCCGAGCCUCAGGCCUAG